AUGCAAGCCUUCGCAGCUCUCCUCUUCGCACUCUCGUGGUUGGCCGCAUUCGCUGAUUUCCUGAGCGUAGCAGGCCACCCCAAUGCAGCCCCUUCCACCGAGUUGGGUGCUACGUUACCCACCCCAAUCACCACGACCCUGCCCCCAGCCUCUUGCCCGACCAAGGCCAUCUGCCUCCACGUUCUCUGCCCUUCUGGGUUCAUCCAAGAUUGCAACUGCAACUGCGUAUCACAAGGCAAACCACCCCAUUCAACCUUGUGUCCCGCAUUUGUGUUCUUGCCAUCCAAUGACCCCCACGCCAACCGUUGGUCCAUCGCCAACCACGACCACGGCCACAGAUCGGCCGUGUCCCACCUUUCCCUGUCCGCCCUUCGUCUGUCCAAUUGGACAAUGCAUGGACUGUUGGUGUCGGUGCCAUCCUUACUCCACCACGAUCCCACCGGUGUGUAG